GUUGGCACAUUGCGAUCCGUCCCAGCAUGCACACACAGCCGGCAGACAGCGACACGCAGAAUCCCUAUCUCACUACUCGCCGCAAACCUUCCUUUCGUGCAGAUACCCUCACCCCAUGUACCGUUUGCAUGAUCGACGUGGCCGUGUGGUCACAGUGCUCGACGCAUCUCCCCCACGGAUGCAGGGCGCCGGAUGGCUGCGGCUGCGGCGGGCUGGUCGUGGUGCCUGUCGUAGGCUGAUCAGCGGUGGGCGGCUUCGGCUUGGCCGCCUGCUGCUUGUCUUCUGUUUGUGUGUGGGGGUGUGGCUGGAUGUUGUCCUUUGUCGGUGGGGUUGGCGGGGGAGGAGAGGAGGGCUGGGAGUGUGCAUCUCUAUGUAGCCGACAGCCUGCAGCACAGACAGACAGGGAAGGGCAGGCAGAGAGAUCAGAUAUGGAAAACUGCGUGGCCUGCUGUACGUACCUUGUAGAACUCGUCUUCGCUCAGGGAGCCAUCUCUUGCGGUGUCCAUGCUUCCGAACAGCCGCCUAGGAAUGUUACAGAUGCGACAAGGAGAGUAGGGCAAAGCCCCACGCGUCGAUCGUGUCUCCUCCCCACUUGGCGUCCCCCUCUGAGAGGCCCAACUUGCCCGUCGCCCCAGCGACAAACUCGCCCACGCCCAGAAGACCAUCCUGUAACAAAGCAGUGAGCGAAAGUCCGCAUAUGGGGUCCAUCCGUCAUUUCAGGCAGAAGGCGUCAGUCACCAUGUUUGUGUCCAUCGCAGCGAACGCGUCUUUGGGGUUGUCCAUGUGCAGGUACAGACGUCGCUUGAGCUCUCUCUCGUCAACCCCCAGAGCAUUUGAGAACUCUGUGCGGUCGAUCUGCUCAUCACCGCUCUGUUGCGCAGCACAACAUGUGGAGCAAUUGGGAUUAAUGUGUGUGUGUGUGUGUGCUUGGUCUGACCUUGUCGAGCGCUUUGAAGAUGCCGGGUAGUGAGCUUGUGGGCAGCCCUAUGGAUGCGACGAAGCGUCCAAAUUCCUCGAUGGACAGAUGGUCAUCUUUGUUCUUGUCGAACUGCAUUUGACACACGAAAUCGCGGCUGUGUAUCUCCCUCCGUCUCGUGUCUGUGUGUUCUUACUUUUGUGAAGGCUUCAUUCCAGUCUUUGUAGGCCUUGUUGACCUUCUUGAGCAGAUCACCCAGCGUGGCUGAAAACACAGCGGGGCAAGUCAUUCCUUCCGGCCUUCCCCUCGUGUCUCUAUGUGUGUGUCUCACCGCCCAAGGACUCCAUGUACUCCAUCUCAUCUACUUUGCCGUCACGAUUGACGUCAAGCCCGGCAAACAACUCCCUGCAGGAGGCGGAAAAAGGCGCAAAGCAUCUGUUCGUGACAAGUUGGCGCCCGUUGCCGACUCACUUUGCAUUGGCCUCCGAUGAGACGCCCACUUCUUCUACGUGCUUGAUGAACUCACUCUCGUCGAGGGCGCCGUCGCCAUUCUGAAAAGGGCACAUGAGAGGGCCAGGGGCAUCGGGUCGCCUCGAUUGUGUACCUUAUCUGCCUUGUGGAAGGCGUCCAGUGCAUUGUCGAAGGCGUCGUGCACACGAAUGCGGAGGCCCUCGAGGUCAACUGCAUCUCAUACACACACAGAGCUUGUGCAUACAAUGUGGGAUGGCAGGGGAUAGAUAUUUCCUGUUAGUUUCCAGUGCCUGCCCACCUCCAAGCGCAUUUGUGUAUUCGUCUCUGCUGGCUUUGCCGUCCCCAUUGGCGUCCACCUGUUUGAGCAGCUCGACCGCCUUUUCCGUCCCAAUCGACAGAUGCUGGGUGCCUGCACACAGACAUGAGAGGGACAAAUGGAUGUGCCUCCCUUCCCCUGUCUGUCUGUAUGCGUGUCUGUCUGCUGGAUCUCCCUACCGGCCUUACACUCGUCGGCGGUCAGGUGGGUGUCUUUGUCCUGGUCCCACAAGUCGAAGGCAGCCUUGAGCGACUGGAAGGCUCUGACGAUGCGGGCGCGCAACUCAUCCAAUGUUACUGUACGCAGAGCAGAGCAGGCAGGCAUUCUCGGCUGGCUGUCUGAACUUAUUUCUUGCGAUACCUUGUGUACCAUCUUCGUCGCGGUGUUGACUGCCCGAGAAUCCCAUCGCCCGGUAGAACUCCUCGCGAGACACAAACCUGAUCGACGACAUCGCUGAUGGACGAGUGUGGCGUUCGGCGUGCUGUGUGUGUUGGCUGUUGCAUACCCCUUCUUGGAUGUGUCAAUGUCCUUGAAGAGCUUGGCUGCGUCCUGGUCGUUCACUCCGAGCUGCCUCAUGCCUGCAGCCAUCCACGGGUCGACACACACGUAUUCAAGUGGCCGGCCAUGUGGUAUCUUACCGGCUGUCCAUUCGUCAGGUGAGAUUUUGUCGUCCUUGUCUGCGUCAAAGGUUGCGAAGGCUGCCUCGGGAUUCUGCAGACGCUUGUACACUCGAUGUCUCAGCUCCUGCACGUCGACUGAGACCAAGGAGGGUUGCUGUAUCAGUCCAGUGUCUCACCUGUUGAGUUCGUCUUCUCCUCAGUUGCCACGUCGUCAGGAUCGCUCGCAACCCCCGACUUGGCGAAUGCGGGCUCGGGCGAGGACUUGCCGUCGCAGAAGUCGACACCGACCGCCCCAGCCUCUCCACCAAAACUGCCGGAUGCAAUGGCUGCUUCCGCCUUUGAUUUGAAGUCCUUGCACGCAGGACUCAGUACAGUCUCGGAUGGCUGCAAGAGGGAAAAACAGGUAAAAGCAGCACCACAGAUUUUGUCUGCAGCGAUGGCAUACCAUUCCUCUGUCCUUGAAGAUGGCCCCGAGCUCAUUCUGGCAGGCGAACUCGAGGUUGUUCAGAAAGCCAGCAUCCUUCACGUCUGCCUUUCCCCCCGCCUCUUUUGCCUCCAUCAGAGCGAAAUUGAUGCUGGCCAGGCAGGACGCUCUCAGCAGCCGACCCGGGAUGUAGUCGAUCAGUUCAGUCUUGGUCAGAUACGAGUCGUUGACCGUCAGAGCACCGCAGAACGCCACUCCAGUGGGCAGACCGCCUCCAGCUGGCAGCAGGCGAUCCUCUGCCAGGCCGCCCGGCUUGUCGAAAGCUUCAAACGCAAUCGUUUUGAACCGCGCGCAAUCAUCAAGCGCCUCCACAGGAUUCUCCAUGCCUUGCUCGCCGAGGAACUUUAGACAAGUCGACUGCACCGUGGUCAAGGAGUCAGGCGAGAAUUGUGUGCCGGGCAUCUUGGUCUGGUCGUGGGCUGAGAUAAUGGCAAAGCAUGUCUGCACACAACAACCACAAACACAGGGCACUGCGACACAGCACGUGUGCAUCCAUGCAUCACUCACGUCGAAGAAGCUCUUGUCCUCGAUUGCAUUGAAGAGUGGGGCUGCUGCUGACGUCGAGAAGGCGCCCACUGCAAGGAUCCACCAAAGAGGCGGCCACAUCGGG